AUGAAAUAUUCACAAGAAAUUCUUCAUAGUCAUUCUGCUUUUGUUUAUUCAAAUUUUAAUAAUUGUGAUAGUUCUAAUGAUAAUUCAAGUGUUAAAAUUAUUUCAAUCAUCAAUGAAUGUGAAAAUAUAUUAUUACGUACAUCAGCAUAUCUUCAAUUGGAAUGUGAAGAAGAAGACAAUGAUAAUGAUUUUACUUUCGAAUAUCCUGAUUCAUCUCCAUAUCAUUAUCGUCUUUAA